AUGACUUUCGUUUUCAGAGCGACCCACUACGCAGCGCGCGUGGCUGCAAACCGCCUCGCCCAUGCCCCAGGGCUCGUCGCCGCAGCGCGUCCGUGCCUGCUGUCGCUGCUGUCGCUGCUGCUUAAGCUGCAGCGGUGCACCCGCGGGCCUUGCACAACAAACACUGAGCGCCAGGCCCGCGGCCUCGCCGCCGCCAGCGUCUGCAGACCCGCCGAGCAAGGAGCAUCACCGCACCGCGCACCACGAGCCUCGUCCCUGGCCUUGCCCGUGUCGUCGCGCCGGCUGCUGCCCGGCCAUGCGCAGCACCGCAGGGCGCGUUGCUGCACCACCCCAGGCCGCCGCCCGCGUCGCCUUCACCUGGUGAUGAUUUGGGCGUCUCGUCAUGGCUCUGGCUACGUACGCGCCUCGUCCCGCGCGCGCUGCACUGGCCCACCGCAGCUCUCCGAAACGGCCUGGGAGCCCGGCCGCCAGGCACUCCCUGGGAGCCGCAACUCUAGCUUCUGCCGCCAGGCUGCUCGUCGUGCUCCACCACAAUUUCUCAACCUCGUGUGUACGCGACAAGCCAUUGUCCAACGGCGCCGCCAUUGCCGAGAGGCCCGUCCGCUCAGUGAACCACGGCGGCCCAGCGUUACGCACCAUGAGGGAGAUGCUGCAGCUCGUCGACUGAUCGAGCCAAACGUGCAGCAGCCGACCCAGGGUCCCAGCGCCAUGACACCGUUCCCCGACUCCCCGACCUCACCAAGCGCGCUCUCGUACAGUCGUCUCGUCUCGCCAUGGCGUCGCACAGCACGUGAAAGCGAGCUGCCGCACGUGAGCUCCGGCGAGGGCUCCACCGCUCCAGCUGUCGCGCUCGCUGAGACCAUAUUGCGGUGGCCGCAACGGCCAAGCGCCAUCACUCAACACGCCGUACGUCAGCCCGCAGGACGCUUGCGCCAUUGGGGCCUGGCCGCCAGCGCUAACGAAUUGCGUGUAGCUGUGGUGCAGCACAGUCGGGCGAACCUCGAGUGA